AUGACGGUUACCGACGAACAAAAGAAACUUCUUCAAUCAACAGUCAGCACUGUACGAGAGCACAGCAAAAACAUAACAACGAAAUUCUAUGAAACAUUGUUCAAAGAAAAUCCAGAAUUUCGUGGUUUUUUCAAUCAAACAAAUAUAGCAUCAGGAAAGCAACCUGCAGCAUUCGCAGAGACCAUCUGUUGUUUCAUCGAACAUCUUGAUAAUACGGAUUUAAUGACACCACAGAUGUCCCGUCUUUCUAGCAAGCAUCGAGCUGUUACUGUACAACCAGAGCACUAUCCAACCGUCGGCAAGCACUUAUUAAAUGCAAUCAAAGAAAACUUGGGCAGCAAAGCAACACCAGACGUAAUGGCUGCAUUUGAAGCCCUUUAUGGUCUUAUGUCAUCAAUCUUCAUUAAGCAAGAGAAGGAAUUGUACGCUCAACUUGGCAACGAUAAAGGCUUUGUUCCAUUCACUGUUACCAAGAAAGAAACUAUCUCAAGUGGACCGACAUGUGUUUUCACGCUUCAACGUCAAGAUGGUGGAAAAAUCUGGCCUCAUCAUGCUGGACAAUAUAUUACAAUACGUGUUGAAAAAGAUGGUGUUCUCCAUCAGGGACACUAUGCUCUCCUUGAACCAGACAAUGGCAGCACGUACAGUAUAGCUUGUAGAGAAGGACAUGUUGAUCAGAAUACUAUUGUCUCAGAAGAAAUUAUUCGCAACCGCCAAGUUAAUGGCACGCUUUUAGUUUCAGCUCCUGCUGGUAGUUUUGGACUUGUCAGUGAUGCAACAAGUCAUUUAUUUAUUGGUGGUGGUAUUGGUAUUGCCUCCUUGAUGGGAAUGAUCAACGAAUUGAAUAAACAGGGAAAAGCAGCUUCAGCAACAGUAAUUCAGUGUGUGCAAAGUGAAGAUCGUGCUGCCUUUGCCAGCCAAUUACAAAAUACGCUUCCAAAAGGCCAGUACUUAAUGUUGACAAAAGAUAAUCCAAUUUCCAAGAACCAUCUUGAAGGCAAAUUACACCCAGGCACCCAUGCCUAUAUAUCCGGCUCAGAAGUAUUUUUGGCUGCGGCCAAAAAUGCUCUUACACAAGCUGGUGUUGCAAAGUCUAAUAUUCAUAUCAAAUCGAUUGAACCAACACUUGGCUUAUUAAAAGCUAUUAGUAAAAAGUAA